CGGAAGGGUAUCGCGAUGUAAAAGGGAUUGGACCUGCUUCCGCUAGUGCUCUCCGUUCCUCUGCUACCUCCUAGUUCGAUCCAUACUACUCUGGCCAUUCACACUUAUCGAUACCUUCCGCGAUGUCCAUGAACGAUGGACGGCCCGACUUCUAGAAGAGCACAAUUGAUGAGUGGGCUAGAGCGGCCAUCAAAGCCUACCGGUGCCUGACUUGUGACCAGAAAAGCGAUCACGUUCAGAUGAUGGUAAUCAAACCUCACUCAUGUACAUCGCACCUGUCUCAAGCUCGUCUGCACAUCGAUGACAUCUCUGCUGGUCACGCCUACGGAUGAUGAGCCAUCUCAUUGCACUUGUGGCUAUCCCUCCGGUCAGUAGACCAGUCGAGAUUCUACUGUUGAUCGUAUACGUUGGGCCAAAUUGAGACUGGCACACUUGAGGUUCUUUGACACUUCUGGAACAAGGAACCGGUCGGUUAUGCGUGCGCCGUCAAGUCAUCAGAAAGAAUGUUACUCGCUUAUUCUGAAACCCCUCGUGUACUUCUCCCUCCUGAGUUUGUACAACUUCUCGGUACGUUUAGUGCUGCAGGCUUCCUCAAAGGGCCAGUCUUGAAGAACCAAGCGAUACCCUACGAGAAAUUUCGAUUCUUAGCCGAAUGAGUGGAUAGAGAGGUAUGUAUAGGGUGUGAAAUGAGUUAGCAGGUGACAUUGCUGCAAGCUCAUUCGCUGCCGGGGAGGAGAUGACUAAUCCCGCAUACAAGUUACCAAGAACUGCGUCUCAGCAUUGCGACCGAUUGACUAACGCUGCUCAGAAAGGUAACCUCUGACAGCACAGUAGCUAUCCAGUCCAGCGACAAGAGAUGUUGUCAAUAUCAAGUUGAAGAUCAGCCUUAUAGAAGAUCCACUUGAUCACUCGCUUACAAAGCGUAUUAUUCAAUACACAGCCAAUCAGAUCCUUCAGUUGUAUUCACUUACCUUGGCAUGUGAUAGCCAAUAAGGACUAUGCUACCCAAGGCUUGCGAACUCCGGCUAAAGGCGUCUAAUGAUGAGCUAGUAUAUUUGCCGAAGCAACCUUCUCGCCCCUUCUCGUCCUGCACGCCCAGUGUCAGGUAUCCUUGAACACAACCUCGUUCCUGGGAACCCGUCUGUGGUAUUCCGCGGGCGACGACCAUGUCCCUCCGCACUUCACCCUGGCAGGCCGACAAGAUGCGGAGAAAAGCUGGCGGUCUUCAUGUAGGGUUAAAAAUUCAAAAUGCACCAUCACUAGUAUAAUUACAGGCAUGUCUCGUGGCUCGUUGACAUUCUCACAACGAAAAACAGCCAGUUGCCUACAACACUGCUGAAGAUACAGCCAACGACAUCAGCAUCAUGGCUUUCGAACUGCGAGGCUCCAAGCUCAUCGCCGUCAUCCUCCUGGCUUCUGGCCUGGACUUCCUCCUCUUCGGCUAUGAUCAAGGACUAUUCGGCGGCAUUCUAGGCGGCAAACGCUUCAAGGCGAUGCUGGGUGAGCCUGGACCGACCAUGACUGGCUUCGUCACAGGUGUGUACGAUAUUGGAUGCGCGAUCGGUGCAGUGGCUGCCUUCUUCUUCGGUGAAGCGAUCGGACGCAAGAAAUCCAUCAUCUACGCCAACGUAAUCGUUAUCAUUGGCGCUACGAUCCAGACAGCAUGCUACUCUUAUGCUCAGAUGGCCGUCGCAAGAGUCAUUGCGGGCGUGGGCGUGGGACUGAGUACCGUGGCGGUACCGAUUCUUCAAAGUGAAACACUUCCCUCUCACAAUAGGGGCGCAUUACUGGUCGUCCAGUCUGCACUUAUUAUCAUUGGAGUCGCCAUUGCUUCUUGGCUCUGCUUCGCGACUCUCUUUGCCAAUAGCAGUCUUCAAUGGCGAUUCCCCAUCGCCUGCCAGAUCCUCUUCUCGCUGCUGGUGCUCUGCUGCUGCCCCUUCCUGCCCGAGACGCCUCGUUGGCUAUGCAAGCACAACCGAAUCGACGAAGCUCGCUACACAAUCUCACGGCUCCUCGACAAGCCAGAAGAUGAUGCAGAAGUCAAAGGCCAGCUUCACGAAAUUUUGGCCAAUAUCGAAGCCGAGAAUGAAGAUGGAGAGCCUAGCUGGAGCGAAGUGUUCUCCAAUGCCACCAAGGCUCGCAAUCUCCAGCGUGUACUGCUCGGAAUGGGACCGUACAUGAUGAAUCAAUGGUCUGGCAUCAACGCACUAUGCUACUACCUUGCAUACAUUCUCGAGACCUACCUCGACUUCUCCCAGAACAUGUCUCUCAUUCUCGCAUCUGUGGCCUUUACGCAAUACGCAAUAUUCAGCUGGCCGCCAUACUUUUACAUUGACAAGAUUGGACGACGCUGGACGGUGAUGUUAUCUUCCAUUGGCUGUGCGAUUUGUAUGGCUGUGAUUGCAGGCUGUCUCAUCAAGCAAAGCUACAGCUCGGCAGCAGCAGCUGUAGCAUUCAUGUUCCUCUAUCUGGACUGCUUCACGCUGGGAAUCUUGCCAGUCAGCUGGUCGUACAGUGCAGAGAUUCAACCACUGAGAGUCCGAAACAAGGCAACGGCUGUGGGAGUAUUCUCUCACUGGACGUCGAAUUUCGUUGUUGUAAUGGUAACACCCAUCGGCCUCAAUCAUAUCGGCGGCAACUACUUUUGGAUCUGGGCCAUCGUAUGUGCAAGCUUUGUACCGCUGACGUACUUCUUCGGUGUCGAGACUUCCGGACGUACACUAGAGCAGAUUGACGAGUCGUUCUUUGAGAACCCAAGAAUUCUCAUGGGACUGGACAAGAAGAAUACAGUAGUCAUCAAAGCGAGCAAGCAGGACGAAGAAAGCCGAUUCAGAGCGCUUGCCAAGGAGGAGGAGAAGCAUCCGGAGAGAGUGAGUGUCGAGCAGGUGGAGGAGAAGAGUUGAGCGACCGGGCGUGUACAAAAAUUAAUUACAUCGGACAAAGCUGUGCUUUCAA